AAAGCCUUCAUAGUUAAGUGAAGAAUUUGAUGAGAUAGAAGCCGCCUAACUUCACACUCAUUUGAUUUUUCCAAUUUUGGUUUUCAGAAUUCAGAAUUCAGAAUUCAGAGAGAGAGAUGUGGCCUGCGAUUAUUUGUGGCUUGAUUCUUUACAAAUUAUUCAAAUGCUUCUUUUACGACGACGACGUUUUGGACAUUGAAGCUUCUGAUUCUUCUGUUCUUUUCUCCCUCUCUAAUAGGCUUGAAAAGCUUUUUGGUGGAAAGGUUUUUGUUGGUCUUCGAAUUCCUGAUGCUGAUUCUGCUUCACCACAAACCAUUGAUCUCGUUCUUCUCACUAAAAGAGAGCUAUUAGUGAUAUCCGUGAAGAACUUCUCAGGAAUUUUGACAGUUCAAGGUGAUGGUACUUGGGUCUCUGAAAAGCCAGGCAAACAUAGUAAAGCUGAGCGUCACCCUGAUCCAGUCGAAGAAGUAAGAAAACAAGCUUCUAUCCUUGAAGCCUAUCUUGAACAAAGAGGGGUUGUUCUACCUAAAGGAUUUCUAUCUUGUAAAGUUAUACUUCCAAAUCCUAAAUUAUGUACCAUUCCUGCUAGUGAUUUUCCAUCUGAAGUUAUUACUCAUGAACAAUUGGUGCAACUGAAGCCGGGAACAAAGAACGUGUUGUCUAGUUGGGUAAAGAGCGCCUUUGUUGGCAGUGGGAAGGACAUGCAAGAAUCUGGUAAUCAGAAUCUUGAAUUUGUCCUUAGCACAGCUCCAAUAUGGGAUAGGUUGGAACUGAAAGGCAACAAGUACGUAUUGGGUGAGUUCCUUGAGUUUAAGGGCAAAAAGGAAGAUGUUGAGGCAUUAAGACAUAUCAGAAGAUCAAAAGUUGGUCGCAUGAUAAUACAAAAGACAAGCAUGUUUGGACUAGCUCCUUCUACACUUCAAGUUUUAUACACUUUGCGUGACUAUAGAGCCGAGGGAGCAUCAGCACUAGAGUGGAACGAAGUAACUGUAAGAUCAAGUACUGAGAUCAUCUUUCAGGUUGAAAAUGCUUCCAAGAUCAGAAAGUUUAAGCUCUCUUCAGUGUGCUCUAUGCAUCUUAGUGCAUAAAGUUAUGCAACUGAAAUGUCAAUAAAAGUAGAUUGUCUGUUUAUUCGACGUACAAAAUACUAUGUUGUGCUUGUAUGUAUUAUAUGGCUUAUAUACAUGUCAGAUAUAGUUGACAGUUCUAUUUUAUUCAAAUGAUAUCAUACUAUAAUAGCAAUGAGAAAUUCAGCUUCUCAAGAAA